UUAGUUGAUUGUGUCGAGGUGUAUGGACGAAAGGAGCAUAUCGAUGUUCAUUGUGAACCGUUCCAAAUCUCAAAAGGGAUCGCGACUAGAACAUCAAUACCGGGAAGUAACGAGCACCGAUAUGUGGGCGUGUAUCCAACAACAAUGCAUUCCAAGAAUAGCGAGAGGCUCGUAAUCGGAACCCACACAAUGGACACCCUUGCCACACCACCAAUUCGCAUUGACCAAAAGGAGAAACCAUCAGUUGGCGGCAAAACUCUCUCUUUCUUGCUUGAAAAUGGAAGGAGCCCAUUCAACACAAGGAUUUACCUUGAU